UCUCUCUCUCUCUCUCUCUCUCUCUCUCUCUCUCUCUCUCUCUCUUCUUGGAGACCCAGUGGGAUUCACUAGCAAUACAGACUCGUCAGCAAGCAGCCUCCUUCCUUCUGCCUUAUUUUUCGGGCUUCGGCCUAUCAAGAGAAGGGAAGAAAAGAGAAAUGCCUUGAAGCGUAGGAGAUCAAGGCUGGAUCUGUAUUCUUUCAAGAACUGAAAGCUUCAGGGUUGAGUCAUGGAGGCGUUUAGGGUAUACGACACCUCCUCGUCUUCUCCCUCUGUUCCCCCAUCGGAGAAUGGACAAGCGCCGGCGGCUCCUCUUUUAGAUCGCGAGCACAUGUUCGACAAGGUGGUGACACCGAGCGAUGUCGGGAAGCUGAACCGCCUCGUGAUCCCAAAGCAGUACGCGGAGAGGUUCCUCCCCCUCGACCCGUCUCUUGCCGUCAAGGGCCUCAUCAUGUCCUUUGAGGACCUUGCUGGUAAGCAAUGGUGCUUCCGCUACUCCUACUGGAACAGCAGCCAGAGCUACGUCAUGACCAAGGGGUGGAGCCGCUUCGUGAGGGAGAAGCAGCUCGCUGCAGGUGACACUGUGUCCUUCCUCCGCAGCGCCGGCAACGCUGGGCAGGACCGCCUCUUCAUCGACCUGCAGCACCGCCCUCCGCGUCCCAUCACGCAGUUCUCUCUUCCCGGACGGCCAGUGGGACAGUGGAGCGGAUUCAUCGCAUCGUCCUUCUACUACCGAUCGGCAUGUCCGCGACAUGUAGGGGUGCAAGCAGAUGCAGGUAGGAGUGACAUGGUGAGCAUGCCGCUGGUCUCAGGCUCAGUUCCGGUGGUCUUCGGCACAGCUAAGCCAAAGCAGCUCAGGCUGUUCGGAGUAAACCUAGAGUGGCCGGACGCGGAGGGCAGCAGCAACUCCCAAUCCCCGCCAUCAUUGCAGCCUGCUCGCUGGUGGAGCACCUGAGGUGCUGAGUCCACUCACUGACAUCAGCCCGGAAUAGCCAGCCAAUGUACCUGCAAUCACAAUGCAGUGAGGAAGGAAUAAGGAAGAAGGCAUCCUCUCUCCAUAUAUGUGGUUUAGACUCCACCAUUGUGUCGAUUGUGUAGCACAUAGCAAUUGAGCUGAAGCACUUGUGAUGAGAAGGAAGGGGAAGGAAGAACUAGAUGUCGCUACUGCUGUAUUCAUUUUUAUUCAGCUGAAACUAUUUGAUUGGUCAAUCAUGCAUGCAUGAUGCAUCUGCCUACUUUUA